AUGCAUUCUGAAUGGUUUGAUCGUAUUAAGAGGCCAUGUUUUGUAGUCGCUCCUAUGGUCGACGCUAGUGAGCUGGCUUGGAGACUUCUUUGUAGACGACAUGGUGCCACAUUAUGUUACACACCUAUGCUUCAUAGUACAGUUUUUACUAAAGAUCCCAAAUAUAGAAAAGAAAACUUUACUACAUGUAACAAAGAUCGGCCAUUGAUCGUCCAGUUCUGUGGUAACAAUCCCGAUACAAUGGCUGCUGCAGCGAAAUUUGUAGAAACUGAUUGUGAUGCUAUUGAUAUAAAUCUUGGAUGCCCUCAAUCAAUAGCAAAACGGGGCCAUUAUGGUUCUUUCCUACAAGAUGAUUGGAUAUUACUACAACAAAUUGUGACUACAAUGACUCAAGCAGUUUCAGUGCCUAUAACAUGUAAAGUAAGGAUUUUUGAAAGUAUAGAGAAAUCUGUUCAGUAUGCAUUAAUGUUACAAAAAGCAGGCUGUAAGCUACUGACUGUUCAUGGAAGGACAAGAGAGCAAAAAGGACCACUGACAGGUAUAGCUAGUUGGCAGCAUAUUAAAGCUAUUAGAGAAGCAGUCUCUAUACCAAUGUUUGCAAAUGGCAACAUCCAAUGCUUGCAAGAUGUAUAUAGGUGCAUAGAUUAUACAAAAGUAGAUGGGGUUAUGAGUGCUGAAGGUAACCUUACUAAUCCUGCAAUUUUUGAAGGUAUAAAUGCAGUAACAUGGGAAAUUGCAUUAGAAUAUUUAGAACUAGUAGAACAAUAUCCAUGCCCUUCUUCAUAUAUAAGAGGCCAUUUAUUUAAAAUAUUUCAUAAAAUUUUUACAAUUGAAAGUAACAAUGAAGAAAGACAACUUUUGGCGACAGCUCAAAACUUGGAUGAUUUUAAGCAAGUUUGCAUAAAAAUAAAAGAAAAAUAUUUAUUGUAUCAUGAAGGAAAAUUACAACUUGAAAAUAAUGAAGGUAUUAGUAGGAAUGGCUUUGAUUUAAUUUUGCCUCCAUGGUUAUGCCAGCCUUAUGUGAGAAUGUCUCCUGAAGAGCAUACUCAAAAGAUGGAAAAAUUUAAUCAAAAACAGGAUAACAAUAAUGAUGUAAAACGAACACUUGAGGAUACUGAUGGUAAUAUAAUGUCCAGAAAGAAAAUGAAGAAAAUGAGGAGGAUAUUAAGACGGCCAGCUAGAUCUGAUUUAGACCUAAAAUCUAGCCGGUCUGGGAAUAUUUGUGUUAAUGAAAAUUGUCCUAAUCCUCUAGGAGGAAAAUGUGUAUAUCAGCUAUGCAAGAAAUGUUGCAGAAAUAAAUGUUUUGAAGAAGAUUUAGAUUGUAAAGGACACAGAAUAUUAGUACACACAAGGCGAGAAAUGGCAAAAAAAUUUGCUUUGGACAGAAUUGAAAACAUA